AUGAAACAACAAUUCGACUUGGAUCCAGCAGAUAUCGCUGCUUAUGCCCCGUUGUUGCGUGGUCGUAAGCUAACGGCUGCAGUGGCGUUUGUAGCAGGAACCGGGUUCACACUCUUUGGGUAUGACCAAGGUGUCAUGUCGUCACUAAUUACGGGCAAUCAGUUUGAGGCUACCUUCCCUGAAGUCGUAGUGGAGGUCAGCCACCCCAAUCACGCCACUCUUCAAAGCUUCACAAUCGCCAUUUACGAAGUAGGCUGUCUCUUUGGUGCCCUGUCCAAUCUUUGGGUGGGAGACAGGCUCGGUCGUCGAAGGACGAUUGUUGUAGGAGGUGGCAUAAUGAUAGUCGGGGCAAUUCUGCAAACCACUGCGUUUUCUUUUUCAGACUUGAUUUUUGCUCGUAUCUUCACAGGCUACGGAAACGGUCUGAUAACAUCGACGGUGCCAACAUAUCAUGCGGAGCUCUCCCCAUCCGCAAAGAGGGGCCGAAUGAUAAUGAUGGAGGGGACUUUGAUUGUGGUUGGACUUGAUCUAGCCAAUGACAACGAUCAAAUCAGAUUCUUCGUGAAUUGGUCCUCUGCUCAGUGGAGAGUUCCGAUAGCACUGCAGUUGGUAUUUGAAAUCAUUAUGGUGACAUGCAUCGGAUUCCUUCCCGAGUCACCGAGGUGGUUGGUGAAGCGUGGUCGCAAUGCAGAAGCAAUGGCCGUUAUAUCCGCAAUGGAAGACAAACCUCCCACCGAUCCAGAAGUUCAGCGCACUUACUACGGUAUUCGUGAAGCUGUUGCUGUCGAAACAUCUAGUCAAGGUUCACUACGUGAACUCACUACUGGGGGUCGCAGCCAAAAUUUCAGGCGAACAGUCAUUGCUGUAGUAUUUAUGAUUAUGCAGCAGCUGACUGGCAUCAACCUCGUUACCUUGUGGACUAUUGUAUUCCAGCGUCUCGGUCUCUCCGACGUCAACGCACGGAUUACCUCUGUGGCAAACGGCGCAGAAUACGUUCUUGCUUCUAUUGCUGCUUAUUAUGCUAUAGACUAUGUUAGCCGGCGCCAGCUCAUGCUGAUUGGAGCCAUCGGUCAAUGCAUCGUGAUGCUGCUCUUGGCUGUAUUAGGAUAUAUCAACAAUACACCAGCGCAGAUCGUGAGCGUAGUCCUCUUAUUCGGCUUCAAUACGUUCUUUGCUUUUGGGUGGCUUGGUCUGGCCUGGUUAUACUGCGCUGAGAUUGCCGGGCUCAGAACCCGAGCGCCGACAAAUGCGCUAAGCACGGCGUCAAACUGGACUUUCAACUUUGUCGUGGUGAUGGUUGUUGGUCCAGCUUUCAACGAUAUCUCCUGGCGAACCUACAUCGUCUUCGCGGCCCUGAACGCAGCCAUCGUUCCAGUUGUUUACUUUUUCUUCCCUGAAACUGGCGGUCGAUCUUUAGAAGACCUCGACGUUGUGUUUGCGUUGGCGUACAUAACUGGUGAAGAUCCUGUCAAAGUCUCACUUCGGAAAGACGUUCCGCUUGCUGGAUCGCAAGAGGCGGACGAGAUUCUUGGGGUUAGCCCAGGCGUUCGAUAUCACCCUACGGAAAAACCUCCAACGCCAUCCUCUUCACCCGGAAAAGCCAGAACACCGGUGUAG